UGCCUUGGAUCUCUAAAUGAUAGAUAUGAGGAAAUAGAUGAUAGUGAAAUUGGAAAUAUAGAUGAAGUUAGUAUAAAAAACUUGCAGACAAUUGAUUUAGAGCUCAUUAAAGUAUUUAAUAAUAAUGGAGUUCAGGAACUUGAAGAAUAUAAUGGCUGA